AUGUUAAAUUUGUUAGAGGAUUGGAAUAAGAAAGAAAUUAAGGGGGUGGGACGGAAGGCGAGGCCUCCCAUGGAAACUAGUAUAAAUCUGGUUGGUGAUGAAGUGGACAAGGAGGCUAAUGCCACGGUUCAGAAACCAGAUGCGGAAGGCAAAGGAUGCAGACUGAAGCGGCGCGCGAAAACAUUGUUGAGUCCAUUCACUGAUCCCUCCAGGAAAAAGAGGCCGACUACUGGUUUUCAUGCACAGACACCUGAGGCCCGUUUUGAUCCAACACAACCCGUGGCCAUGGACGAUGUGAAGGCUAUGAUACAAGUUUGCAAGGCUUGGAAAAGUGACAUCAGUGCGGAGCUGGAGCUCGAACCAUUUGUAGUUGGGGCGGAUUUUUUUUACAAACUUGUAGAUGAAACUGCAUGGAUGAGCUCGAGGCACCUUGACAUGGCCAUGUUUCUAAUACGCAAAAGACAACUCUCUCAUCCCAAGUAUUUGGAACGGAGUGGACAACUGCCGAGAGUAAUGUUGUUGGCUGUGUUUGGUGCAUUGGAUCCUGUUCAUCCAAUUACACCGCCAAGUGCGAAACGAGUUACGAGGAAACAAAUUGCUUCAAUGACUGUUGACCCUCCCCCUAACUACCUCAGAAAUAUACACCACUUUGUCUGGGGUUCAUGGCAACAUGGUUAUGCACAAGCAUGGACGAAAGUCCGCAAGGUCUAUCUCCCGUAUAAUGUUCGACAGUCCCAUUGGGUGGCUGUAGAAAUUGACUUUGUCAGACAUACUGCCACUGUGUACGACUCGUAUACUGUUUUUACCUCCAACACAAUGCUUGUCCGACAGAUGGAGCCUAUUACCCAGACGCUUGCAAAGGUGUUGUAUGACAUGAGGUUUUAUGAGAAAUCGGAGGUUGAAGCGGUGAAGAAAAAGGGGAUUGACAUGCCAACGUUUAACCCAUUCACAAUUUGCAGAAUUUCCGAUGUUCCUCAGCAAAGUGAUGGUACCUCAUGUGGCAUUAUGACCGUCAAAUUUAUUGAGUAUCUCAGUGCUGGCAUUCCUUUUAAUACCAUUGACCCAGCCAAGUUUGGCUACUACCGAUUGAAGCUUGCAAUCGAGGCUCUCAGGGGAGAGGCCUAUGUAUGA